UCGCCGUCGCACACUCUUGCGUUGCUGGACGCAUUUCUUUACAAAAUUUCGAUCGCGUAUAUCGGUCGAUUACAGAUGUUGAUGUUUAUCACGAGCAGAUUAAAUACCCAAUCGCAUGACGCUUUACACGACUUUUACGCUUUCCUUUGUCUUAUCUUUUUUUAGUUCCCAGCUUCUCACGCCAUCACAGCCCUUCUCGAACAUGUAUCUCACACUAUCGAAGAGGAUCGUUGAGUUCAAGCUUCAAUUCCCAUCAUUUCGGCAUUUGCAGCCACGGGCGCAUGCAAUUCUGUCUCAUUCGAGACCUGCUCAUUUCAGAGACUUUUCUAUUUCGGUUACCUUUAUUUUUUUUCUUACUUCUCCGUCUUCCUUUGUCGUCCUUCUUCGUUCCUCUUGUCUUAUUCCUCUCUACGGUCACAGUCAAUGACUUUUCCCUUUUUCGUCCUUCUUCUGUGCUCAUCUAGGGCGGGGUUCGUUGGUUUCGGAUCGGGUCGGCCGUUUCUCUAUUGGCAUGCUUCUCUCUACUAUGGCGUUUGUAGUCUGUGAUCUCUCACUACUGCUUUCGAAUUGCGG